UAACUGACCCGGUAUGUAUUACACUUCCAUUACACCUUCGCUCGACAAUAGAUCUCCAAUGAUGAUGAUGUUGAUCGCACAAUAUGCAUACUUUUUGCAAACUCCCGCGGAAAAUUUUCAUCACCAAAGUGACACUCAUCAACAGAUGAUAACACAGAACAGCUGAUCGUAAUUUGCUAAAAUAAUAACAAUGAAGGAACAACCAAAAUCGUGUGAUACUUUUGUGGUUCUACCAAAUUUGACACAAGAUAAUCGGGUCAUUUUCGGUAAAAAUUCUGACCGACCGAGACAUGAAGUCCAGGAGGUGGUCUAUUUUGAAGGCAAGAAACACGAACCGGAUUCAACUGUUCAGUGCACGUACAUAACGAUUCCUCAGGUGCCCGAAACUCAGUCGGUUAUUUUAUCAAAACCAUCAUGGAUGUUUGGCGCAGAAAUGGGUUCCAAUGGCUGUGGAGUGGUAAUUGGUAACGAAGCUGUGUGGAGUGAUUAUAAAUCCCAUGAAUCGGACGUCAAACGGCUUUUGGGAAUGGAUUUACUUCGCCUCGGGCUUGAACGGUCUACUUCAGCAAAGAGUGCCAUCGACGUCAUUACAGACCUACUCGAAAGUUAUGGACAGGGCGGACCGUGUGAUAAAAACGAUGCCGGGUUCAGUUACUUCAACAGUUUCAUUAUCGCUGAUCCAAUUGAAGCUUAUGUGUUGGAAACGGUUCACAAUGUGUGGGUAGUGGAACGGAUCACCUCUGGGUACCGAAACAUCUCCAAUGUCUAUUCGAUUCAAACGAAAAUCGAUUUUCAUUCGAAGAAUUUGUUUGAUGAAGCAAAAGCCACCGGAAAAUGGAAUGGAUCGACAGAUCUAAAUUUUGCAGCUGUUUUCGGAUCAUCAAAUGAUGGAACAGUUUCAAAGGGAGAUGGACGAUAUGCAGCUGGAAAAGCGUUGCUUCAGAACCAUACCAGCGAUAAGAAAUUCAAUCUCGACUCAAUGACGAUGAUACUUAGAGACAAGAUGUCUGGAAUCUGCAGAGAUUGUUACAACUCGUUUCCGACUGCUUCAUCACAAGUUUCACUUCUAUCUGCUGAGCAUCUGAACAUCCAUUACUUUACUGGAACUCCCGACUCAAGUGUGAGCGUAUUCAAGCCAUUUGUUUUCGCUAAAAGCUCUAAAAAUGAGUUGACGACUCUAACAAAAUCGCCCGAAACAGAAGAUGGUAAACAUGACCUGUAUGUGAAACACGAAGCAAUUUAUCCGAUUUUAAAAUCAAAAAAUGCUGACGGAACAAAACUCCGCCAGCAACUGCGACGAUUGGAAGAACUGUGCUUUACUGAAAUGAAUCAAGUCAUGCUGACAACGGACAAGGAUCUGGUUGAAGACAGACUGGGAAUCACAUUCAAUAAAGCUGUUGACUUAGAAAUUGAGUUGUACCAGUGAGAGAAAGAUGAUAAAAUAAAUGAAGAUUUACAGCA